AUGUCCGUUGCUGCUAAGUACUACCCAAACGAACCAACUGAACCAAAGGUCGUUACCUCAGAGAUUCCAGGUCCUGAGUCCAAGGCUAAGGUCGCUUCUCUAGGAGAAGUUUUCGAUUCUAGACCAGCUUAUUUCGUUGCUGAUUAUGCCAAGUCUUCUGGUAACUACAUCGUUGACGUUGACGGUAAUAAAUUCUUGGAUGUUUACGCCCAAAUUUCUUCCAUUGCUCUAGGUUACAACAACCCAGCUUUGAUUGAAGCUGCCAAGUCCGACAAAAUGAUUAGAGCUUUGGUUGACAGACCAGCUUUGGGUAACUUUCCAGGUGCUGAUUUGGAAGAUAUCUUGAAGCAAUUAUUGAAAUUUGCUCCAAAGGGUCAAAAUAAAAUUUGGUCCGGUCUUUCUGGUGCCGAUGCCAAUGAAUUGGCAUUCAAGGCCGCUUUCAUGUACUACCGUCAACUACAAAGAGGUGGUCACGGUAUUGACUUCUCUGAAGAAGAAAACAGCUCCGUUAUGGAAAACACUUCUCCAGGUUCACCGCAAUUGGCUGUCCUUUCUUUCAAGAAAGCUUUCCAUGGUAGAUUGUUUGCUUCUGGUUCAUCUACUUGUUCCAAGCCAAUCCACAAGUUGGAUUUCCCAGCUUUCAACUGGCCUCAUGGUGAAUACCCAGUUUACAAAUACCCAUUGUCCGAAAAUGAGGAAGAAAAUAAGAAGGAAGAUGACCGUUGUUUGGCCAUCGUUGAAGAUUUGAUCAAGAGUUGGCCAACUCCAGUCGCUGCUUUGAUCAUCGAACCUAUUCAAUCCGAAGGUGGUGACAACCACGCCUCCAAAUACUUCUUGCAAAGCUUGAGAGAUUUGACCUCCAAAUACAACGUCGUUUACAUCAUUGAUGAAGUUCAAACUGGUGUCGGUGCUACUGGUAAGUUCUGGUGCCACGAAUGGGCUGACAUUCAACCACCAGUUGAUUUGGUCACUUUCUCCAAGAAGUUCCAAUCCGCUGGUUACUGGUUCCACGAUGACAGAUUCAUUCCUAAUAAGGCUUACAGACAAUUCAACACCUGGUGUGGUGAUCCAGCUAGAAUGAUUAUUGCUGGUGCCAUUGGUCAAGAAAUCGUAGACAACAACUUGGUAGAUCAAUGUGCUCGUGUCGGUGAUUACUUGUUCGAAAAGUUGGAAAAAUUGCAAGCAAAAUACCCAACCAGAUUGAUCAACUUGAGAGGUAAGAACCGUGGUACAUUUAUCGCUUUUGAUUUGGAAACUUCGGCUGAAAGAGACCAGCUAUUGAAGCUCUUGAAGAGCAAUGGCUGCAACGUCGGUGGUUGUGCUGAAAAGUCUGUUAGACUAAGACCAUCCUUAACUUUCGAAGAAAAGCAUGCUGACAUCUUUGUCGAUGCUUUGGAAAAGUCUAUUGGCCAACUAUAA